AUGUCAGAUCUGACAGGAGACUUGUUCUCUGACUACCUGCCAGUAAAUAUUGGGAUUGUACUAUACAGGGAGACCGUGAUGAGUUCUGGAAUGUCUCAUGAAUGUGAACAUGGAGGAAAAGCAUCGGAGAGGAGCAACCGAUCAACUCCCAUUUCUCCUGAAACAAUCAGUGACUCUGAGAAGGAACCUACUCCACCUCCCAAGUCUGCUUCAUUGACGCCAAUGAGACGAAAGGCAUAUGUCACUAUGUCCAUGGACAGUGAAAGAAGCAAAGAUGCCAACCGUAAGGCUGUCCAAUUAUCGAAUGAAGGAUCUGAUCAUGAUGCCCCAGAUAACCAUGACUCCGAUGAGGUGAUGAAUGAAAAGGGAAGGUAUGCAGUGAGAGAUGAUCCUGCAACUCUGAAAAGAAGCCGUCGUGCACAUGGUGUUACAAGACUGCAGAACUUUGUCUUUUACAGCCCCUCGCCCAACAAGCGUUCCAAAGCAAUAGUCAUCUCUUCUGAUGAAGAGAAACAGGACUCUGAUGAAUCUGAGGUGCGCAGAGAGGACGAGUCAGCUAUCGACUUCAUACGGAGGCAGAGAGAAAUGAAUCCAACAUUCAUCCUCAUGGCUAAGCUGACCGACCAGAGGGAUGAACUGGACCAUGAAAUCGAGAGGCAAUGUGUUCACUGCGGAAGAAUUGGUAGGCAACCUGUGAAUGACUUCAUCGAUGAUGAGGUGAAGAAAAGCGAUGAAGGUACAGACAAUGGAUGGCUCAAUGACGAUGAGGCUCUGAGUGAAGAUGACUCACUGAACGGGUUUAUUGUUGAUGAUGAUGAGCAUCCUAUGCCGCAGGGUCACAAGGGUAAGGAAAAAGCUGAAGAGAAAGCGGUGAAAAUUCAAGGCAAAAAGAAGGAAGACCCUCCUAGGUUAUUGGAUCGCUCCUUGUGGGAUGAUCUAUUGAAAGAUACUUAUGCCAACAUCCCUUAUACUCUAUUGAUGCCAGUUUCACUCAUGCAAGCGUUGACCAUCGCGAAAAAUUUGGUGUAUGCUCGGGGUAUCAUUGAGCUGAUGAUAAGGGCCAAACCGUGGCCUGGGCAGGUCAUCAUUCCUGGCCAUGUUCACCCAGACAAGCUCAAGCGAGUCAUCUCACCAAAUCACGGAGAAAUGCAGAUCAAGGAGCUUCACAUUGUUUCCAUCAUGCAAGAAUGGGAACUUGCACUAGGAUUUCAUGGGAUGCUCUUUGGCCACGACAUCGAAGAUGGAGGUGAAAUGACCGUUAAGAAUAUUCGCUUCAGCGCAUUUGAGGGCAUGUCAUUCAGUACAUGCAUGUCUCACACGGAGUCCAAUGAGAUGUCUAGCAGCUACAACACCAAGCUGAAGAUGUUGCUCGGUGAACACUCCACAUCUCUGAGAAAGGCUGGACCAUCCACGCACUCUUCACCAUCUGAGGUCUUGCCUCUUUUUCCUAAGCCAGUUCUGGGUAAUCUUGCCAUUGGUGAUACCAAUGUGCCCGCUACAUGCCCCUUGCUCAAGAUGGAGCUGCCCGAUUGCGUGUUGGUAGCAGUUCUGCACACAGCUAAAGUCUGGAACAGUGCAGAUCAGGGUGAUACUAUGUCGUUCAACAUCUUGAGUGUGCUGUUGUUGCUGCUCCCUAAAUCAUAA